AUGCUGGACCCUUCGUCCAGCGAAGAGGAAUCGGAUGAGAUCGUGGAGGAGGAGAGCGGCAAGGAGGUGCUGGGCUCGGCCGCGUCCGGCGCGCGCCUGUCUCCCAGCCGCACCAGCGAGGGCUCGGGCGGCGGCGCCGGGCUCGGGGGCGGCGGCGGUGCGGGCGCCGGGGCCGGGGUAGGCGCCGGCGGCGGGGGCAGCGGCGCGAGCAGCGGCGGCGGGGCCGGGGGGCUGCAGCCCAGCAGCCGCGCCGGCGGCGGCCGGCCCUCCAGCCCCAGCCCGUCGGUGGUGAGCGAGAAGGAGAAGGAGGAGUUGGAGCGGCUGCAGAAGGAGGAAGAAGAGAGGAAGAAGCGGCUGCAGCUCUACGUGUUCGUGAUGCGCUGCAUCGCCUACCCCUUCAACGCCAAGCAGCCCACCGACAUGGCUCGCCGGCAGCAGAAGAUCAGCAAACAGCAGCUGCAGACCGUCAAGGACCGCUUUCAGGCUUUCCUCAACGGGGAAACCCAGAUUGUGGCUGACGAGGCCUUCAUGAAUGCUGUCCAGAGUUACUAUGAGGUGUUCCUGAAGAGCGACCGCGUGGCCCGCAUGGUGCAGAGUGGGGGCUGCUCCGCCAACGACUCUCGGGAGGUCUUCAAGAAGCACAUCGAGAAGAGGGUGCGCAGCCUCCCCGAGAUCGACGGCCUCAGCAAGGAGACCGUGCUGAGCUCCUGGAUGGCCAAGUUCGAUGCCAUCUACCGUGGGGAAGAGGACCCCAGGAAGCAGCAGGCCCGGAUGACCGCCAGCGCAGCCUCUGAGCUGAUUCUGAGCAAAGAGCAACUCUACGAGAUGUUCCAGAACAUUCUCGGGAUCAAGAAGUUUGAACAUCAGCUCUUGUACAACGCUUGCCAGCUGGACAAUCCGGAUGAGCAGGCAGCACAGAUCCGACGGGAGCUGGAUGGACGACUCCAAAUGGCAGACCAAAUAGCCAGGGAACGCAAAUUCCCCAAGUUUGUAUCCAAAGAAAUGGAAAACAUGUACAUCGAGGAGCUGAAGUCGUCCGUCAACCUGCUCAUGGCCAACCUGGAGAGCAUGCCGGUGUCCAAGGGCGGCGAGUUCAAGCUUCAGAAACUCAAGCGCAGCCACAACGCUUCCAUCAUCGACCUGGGCGAGGAGAGUGAGAACCAGCUCUCCAAGUCGGAUGUCGUGCUGGCUUUCUCCUUGGAGGUGGUGAUCAUGGAAGUGCAAGGCCUCAAAUCCUUGGCUCCCAAUCGCAUUGUGUACUGCACAAUGGAGGUGGAAGGGGGAGAGAAACUACAGACCGACCAGGCCGAGGCUUCUAAGCCCACCUGGGGCACCCAGGGCGACUUCUCCACGACCCACGCGCUGCCUGCUGUGAAGGUGAAGCUGUUCACAGAGAGCACCGGCGUCCUGGCCUUGGAGGACAAGGAACUGGGGCGGGUCAUUCUCCAUCCCACCCCCAACAGCCCCAAGCAGUCAGAGUGGCACAAAAUGACAGUCUCCAAAAACUGCCCCGAUCAAGACCUCAAAAUCAAACUCGCUGUCCGAAUGGAUAAGCCUCAAAACAUGAAGCAUUCUGGGUAUUUAUGGGCCAUCGGCAAGAAUGUCUGGAAGCGAUGGAAGAAAAGGUUCUUUGUGUUGGUGCAGGUCAGUCAGUACACCUUCGCCAUGUGCAGUUACCGGGAGAAGAAAGCGGAACCUCAGGAGCUGCUGCAGCUGGACGGCUACACUGUGGAUUACACCGACCCCCAGCCAGGUUUGGAAGGUGGCCGAGCCUUCUUCAAUGCAGUCAAAGAAGGAGACACCGUGAUAUUUGCAAGUGAUGACGAGCAAGAUCGCAUCCUGUGGGUCCAAGCCAUGUACCGGGCCACCGGGCAGUCACACAAGCCUGUGCCCCCCACCCAAGUGCAGAAACUCAAUGCCAAGGGAGGGAACGUGCCCCAGCUGGAUGCCCCCAUAUCCCAAUUCUACGCAGAUAGAGCUCAAAAGCAUGGCAUGGAUGAAUUUAUCUCGUCCAACCCCUGUAACUUUGACCACGCUUCCCUCUUUGAGAUGGUGCAACGCCUUACUUUGGAUCACAGACUUAAUGAUUCCUAUUCUUGCCUGGGCUGGUUCAGUCCUGGCCAGGUGUUUGUGCUCGAUGAGUACUGCGCCCGGAAUGGAGUCCGAGGCUGUCACCGGCAUCUCUGCUACCUCAGAGACUUGCUGGAGCGGGCGGAGAACGGAGCCAUGAUCGACCCCACCCUCCUCCACUACAGCUUUGCCUUCUGCGCAUCCCACGUCCACGGGAACAGGCCCGAUGGGAUCGGAACUGUGACUGUGGAAGAAAAGGAACGUUUUGAAGAAAUCAAAGAGAGACUCCGAGUUCUGUUGGAAAAUCAGAUUACACAUUUUAGGUACUGCUUUCCAUUUGGUCGACCUGAAGGUGCUUUGAAAGCUACUCUCUCACUUCUGGAAAGGGUUUUGAUGAAAGACAUCGUUACCCCAGUGCCACAAGAGGAGGUAAAAACAGUCAUCCGUAAAUGUCUAGAGCAGGCUGCUUUAGUCAACUAUUCCCGGCUAUCAGAGUAUGCCAAAAUCGAAGAGAAUCAAAAGGACGCAGAAAAUGUAGGCCGGUUAAUCACCCCUGCCAAAAAGCUCGAAGACACAAUCCGUCUGGCUGAACUAGUCAUUGAGGUUCUCCAGCAGAAUGAGGAGCAUCACGCAGAGCCACAUGUUGAUAAAGGAGAAGCCUUUGCGUGGUGGUCGGACCUGAUGGUGGAGCACGCCGAGACGUUCUUGUCACUCUUCGCGGUGGACAUGGAUGCAGCGUUAGAGGUGCAGCCCCCAGACACGUGGGACAGUUUCCCACUGUUCCAGCUGCUGAAUGACUUUCUGCGCACCGACUAUAAUUUGUGCAAUGGAAAAUUCCACAAACACCUGCAAGACCUGUUUGCCCCACUUGUGGUUAGAUAUGUGGAUUUGAUGGAGUCCUCAAUUGCACAAUCCAUUCACAGGGGCUUUGAGCGGGAGUCAUGGGAACCAGUCAAGAGUUUAACCAGUAACCUACCCAAUGUGAACCUACCCAAUGUGAACCUUCCCAAAGUACCAAAUCUACCAGUUAACAUCCCUCUAGGCAUCCCACAAAUGCCUACUUUUUCGGCACCGUCAUGGAUGGCUGCUAUAUAUGAUGCUGACAACGGAUCAGGCACCUCAGAGGAUCUGUUCUGGAAGCUCGAUGCCCUUCAGACCUUCAUUCGGGACUUACACUGGCCCGAGGAAGAGUUUGGGAAGCACCUGGAGCAACGGCUGAAGCUGAUGGCAAGUGACAUGAUAGAAUCUUGUGUCAAAAGAACCAGGAUUGCAUUUGAAGUUAAGCUGCAAAAAACCAGUCGAUCAACAGAUUUUCGAGUCCCACAGUCAAUAUGCACCAUGUUUAAUGUUAUGGUUGAUGCCAAAGCUCAAUCAACAAAACUUUGCAGCAUGGAAAUGGGCCAAGAGCAUCAAUACCAUUCAAAAAUAGACGAACUAAUUGAAGAAACUGUUAAAGAAAUGAUAACACUCUUGGUGGCAAAGUUCGUUACUAUCUUGGAAGGAGUGUUGGCAAAAUUAUCCAGAUAUGACGAAGGGACCUUGUUUUCGUCUUUCUUGUCAUUUACCGUGAAGGCAGCUUCCAAGUAUGUGGAUGUACCUAAACCCGGGAUGGACGUGGCCGAUGCCUACGUGACUUUCGUCCGCCACUCUCAGGAUGUCCUUCGUGAUAAGGUCAAUGAGGAGAUGUACAUAGAAAGGUUAUUUGAUCAAUGGUACAACAGCUCCAUGAGCGUGAUCUGCACCUGGUUGACGGACCGGAUGGACUUACAGCUUCACAUUUAUCAGUUGAAAACACUAAUUAGGAUGGUAAAGAAAACCUACAGGGACUUCCGAUUGCAAGGGGUCCUGGACUCGACCUUGAACAGCAAGACGUAUGAAACCAUCCGGAACCGUCUCACUGUGGAGGAAGCCACGGCGUCGGUGAGCGAGGGCGGCGGCCUGCAGGGCAUCAGCAUGAAGGACAGCGACGAGGAGGACGAAGAGGACGAUUAGGAGGCCCGGGCCUGGACCCUAUAACCAAUGCAUGUCCUUAGUCUGUUAGGUACCCCACUAGGGAAUUUUCUGUCACCCACCAUGCCCAUGAGAUGUUUACCAAUACAAUUGCCAUUUUAGCUCUGUGGUAUCAAGAUUAGCAAAUGACCUUCAAGCCCCCCAUCUCCUGCCCCACGACUAUAUGUUUACAGCCAUCUGG